AUGCUGUCCGAGGUGGACGGUGUCCGCGUUGCCGUCGUGGGCUGUGCACACGGCGGCUUUGAGGAGAUCUACUCUCUCCUGAAGGCGGAGGCCGAAGCAAAGGGCUGGGAGACCAUUGAUCUGGUGAUCAUCGGUGGUGACUUCCAGGCUCUUCGAAAUGCCAACGAUGCUGCUUGCAUCUCGGUUCCGGCAAAGUGGAAGUCCAUGGGGGACUUUCACAACUUCUACAGUGGUCAGAGCGUCGCCCCGUACCUGACAAUCUUUUGCGGUGGCAACCAUGAGGCGAGCAAUUACAUGUUCGAGCUCUACUACGGCGGAUGGGCGGCCCCCAACAUCUACUAUCUUGGUGCAGCCAAUGUUGUUCGCUUUGGUCCACUGCGAAUUUCGGCCAUGUCUGGCAUCUGGAAGGGCUAUGACUUCCGAAAGCCUCAUUUUGAACGUCUUCCAUACAACUCUGAUGACCUCCAUAGCGUGUAUCAUGUUCGAGAGCUGGAUAUUCGCAAGCUCAUGCAGAUCCGCAACCCAGUGGAUAUCGGACUCUCGCAUGACUGGCCUCGUGGAAUCGAAUACUCUGGCGACCAUCGGGAACUUUUCCGCAAGAAGCGUGGGUUUAAGGAAGACUCCGAACAUGGCCACCUCGGGAACGUGGCAGCUCGCGAUGUCUUGGAUCGUCUUCGCCCGGCCUACUGGUUCUCAGCUCACCUGCACGUCAAGUUCGCCGCUGCCCUCGCUCAUGACGGGGCUACCCUUGCCAAAAUCGCCUUCCCUGCCGAUCAACCUGCUGUCUGGGCAGUUGAGGCCCGUACGCCCAUUCCCUCUCCAAAGGCCCCAGCCCCUGCUCCGGCUACCACUCCUGCUAGCCAGCCAGCUCCGAAAGAAUACAACAUUCCAAUGGUCAGCAAUGUGGUGCGCCAAGCUUCCGGUACUGCUGAGAGUAACCUGAACGCCUGGAACAACUUCGCUUCAGGCGGAGCACUUGCAUUCGAGCGCCAAGAGCGCGAGGCGAUGUUGCAACGCAUGGCGAAUAAGAGCAAGUCCGAAUCUAAGCAAGAGGACUCAGUCAAGGCCAAGGGCGACCAGCCUGCUCCCGGUAUCAACCAGGAUGAGAUCGACUUGGAUUCCGGUAACGAGUCAAGCGGAACUGGUUCCGGAAAUCCGUCUCCUGUCAAGGCCCCUAAGCUUAGCAUUCCCUCUUCCGAUGGAGUCUGGGAUAGCGAGGUGACCGCCGAGGAGCCUCUGGUGGAUCGCGCACUCACCGAGGGUAUACGUGAUAAGCUGCCCGCUAGCUUUGCCCGUCCCCAGAGUUCUGGCCAGUCCGUUCGGAACAAGACCGUCCCCACCGCCAUUACAAACAAGCUCACCCGCUUCCUCGCGCUUGAUAAGCCUCACAACAGGGAUCCCUUCAUGCACCUGAUGAAAAUCACACCCAUUCAGUCGACUGCCGCUGAUGUUUUCUCCGCCCCCUUCUGCCUGGAGUACGACAAGGAAUGGUUGGCCAUCACCCGUGUGUUCGCUGAUGAGCUUACCCUUGGUGAUGCCACGGCCAAGGUUCCCGCCGAUAAAGGCGAGGAAUAUUACAAGGCUCGCAUCCUUGAAGAAGAAGCAUGGGUUGAGGAAAAUCUCGUCAAGACCUGGAACAUGCUGAUUCCGCAUAAUUUCCAACCCAGUGCACCCAACUUCGACCCUGAAGUUUCCCUUACUACAACUGACCAGCCACCGGAGUACACAAACUCCCAGACUACCGAAUUCUGCAAACUUAUCGGGAUUCCGAAUAAGUUUGACCUUCCCGAGAGCGAGCGGACGGCUCGAAUGGAUGCCGGCCCUCGUCCCUCACGUGCCGGCAAUGGUGGUCACGGACGUGGCGGUCGAGGUGGUCCACGCCGUGGUCGUGGGGGUCGUGGUGGUGCUGGACGGGGCGUCGGACGUGGUGCCGGACGUGGACAUUGGUAG